AAUUAUAUUGGGAAAACGUUUGAAAAUGCAAUAUGCUUACCUUGAAUAUCUGCUAAUAAAACCGGAGUUCCCGAAUCCCAACAGCAUGCACUCUCGCUCCCAACCGGGGUUCCCAACAGGACUCUCUCGCAUCACCAGUUUUGCCCAACUUUUGUCUUAUCAGGUAAUUCCUGCACGCAUUUUUCCCUGAAACUCGUCUUGUGAACGACCGGCAGUGCUGUCCUGCUCUUCACUUUUCAGAUCUGGUUCAAAUAGGAAGGGUAGAACUGACGACAUGUUGGGAAAGCUAACGAGUGACAAGCUGGAAUUUCGGCAUUCGGGGCCAGUGACGUCACGCACUGCGACGUAACAAGAAUGGCGACCUAUCACUUAAAAUAAUUUUACAAACUUUAUUAGAACAAAAACAUUAAGAGGGGUUUUAAUAUCAAAUUAUUAUAACUCAUACUAACAUUUAUGUUUUAAGAAUUACUUGUCUUAAAAAUAGAGGAUCCCUUUAAGACUUUUUUUCUCCUGUCGUAUGCUCUUUAAGUCAUGUGUCAAAUCACACAUUUUAAUUACAAAAUACUAGAAGAGCUGGAAUGAAUUCCAAACCGCUGCAGAAAGAGGCCUUUUAUCCUGACUGCUUUUUUUCUCUGCUCAUGUUUCAUUCGUCCAAGAGUAGUUGGGCCCAGGAUGCCACUGGCCAUAUAGGGUUUCAUUUAAAACAGAACUCAUUAUUGUGCUGAUGCUGAACACUGUAAUUGUGUUGUCAUCUCCAACUCAUCAGUAUUUUUUUCUAAUGAUAAAGCCUUGCUGGGCUGCAUCAGAAGGUAGGUCGGGCUGUGAGUUUUAAGAUUGCACAGUGCAGGGAUGGUUCUUCUAACCACUAAAACCAUGCAAAUGACGGCUGUUUUUAUAACCUUUGGAGGACUAGUGACUUCCCUAAUCACCACUUUCCUCCCGCUUUGGAAGACCAUGAACUCGGACUUGAACGAAAUGGAAAACUGGUACUCGGGACUGUGGCACAUGUGCCUUUAUACGGAGGAGGUCGGCAUGCAAUGCAAGUCCUAUGACUCUGUGCUGGGACUUCCGUCGGACCUGCAGAUUUCCAGGGUGCUCAUGUUGUUGUCCGUAUUCACCGGUGGUUUAGCUCUGCUGGUCGCCAUACCGGGACUGGACGGGGUGCACGUGUGUUUGGACCGCUUCGGAAAGAGGAGAAAGUUCCUGAUCCUAGCCGGGGUGUUGUCCUGGGUUUCAGGGAUUACAACGCUGGCUCCGGUGUCGGUUGUGGCGUACACCACUGUCGUGGAGUUCUGGGAUAAAGGCUUUCCUGACGUAAUGCCGCGCUGGGAGUACGGAGAGGCCAUGUUUUCCGGAUGGUUUGGAGGUUUGGCUCUGCUCCUUGGGGGGACUCUGUUCUUUAUUGCUGUGUGCAUGGCGGACUAUGACCUGAAGAUGGCGACAAGUGUGACCAACAGCUCACUAAGGACACGGCAGUACCGCAAAACUGAGGUUCUGUAAAAAACAUGUACAUAUACAGUACAUAUGCAGUAUACACACCGCAUAUUUAGUGUUUUUGUGCAUUGGUAAUGUAUGAAGCCUUGUGAAGUCACAUUUGUGUUUUCGGAUUGUAAUUCGUUGUAUCCACAUAAUCAUCAUAAAGCAAUGGCUAGAGAAAAGUGACCCCUGAGUGAUUUAUCCAUAUGAUGUAACACCAUUUUUAAUCAUGGCCUUAUUAUUUUUAACAGCAGGUUAUGCUGCUUCCAGCAAACAGCAAAUAUUAUGCACCAUUAAUCUCAAGUGGGUUUUAUUGAUUUUUCAUCAUCGUUAA